AUGUCCUCGGAUAGGUCACCGCCCCCCAACUCGCAGUCUCCAUUCCAGUCGCAGCUCCAGUCUCAGCAACCACCCGUGAGGCCCGACUCGCCCUCCUCCACCAGCACACCUCUUCCCGCCGCGGGCUGCCGUCGCAUGCCUACCCCUGGCCAGGCUUCUCGGAGGGGAUCUGUGGAUUCUUCCACCCCCCAAGAUCCGGCCGAUGCUGUAAAUGAUGCUCCUGCGCAGCCCGUCACGGCUAGCGCUUCUCCGUCUGAAGCUACUGUGACGGAACCGCCCAGCACUUCCGCCACUCCAGCGCCUUACGGUACGCGCUCACGAGGCCGCAAUGCUGCUCCCCGGCCCAACUACGCUGAGGACCGCGACAUUGAUGUCGAUCUGGAAAUUCACAACCCCGCCGCAAAAUCCAACAAACGCGGCGCCGCCUCCAGUAAUCUGACUAACGGCGCAAAACCCGACAGCGAAAAGUCUGGCUCUCGAAAAAGCCUAACGGCCGCCAACGGGUCCAACUCCGCCGCCGCCAAAGACGGUAUCCCCGGCACCUCCUCGUUUCUUGCCAAACCAGACGAUACUCCUUCGUCAUCGAAUUCUUCACGAAAACGCAAGCAGCCUGCAAGUCUCACCACGAACGCCACCAAUGAAAAUGCGGCCAAGAAAGUCUUCACGGCCGCACCAGGCGUUGCCCCAGGUCAAAGUGACUCCAACAUGGUCACUUUUGACGACCGAGGCGCCUACUUGAAAGAUGGGAAAUUGACGGCCGACGAUGGCACGACUUUUGCAGUGAACGACCACGUCUAUCUGAUUUGCGAACCUCCCGGGGAGCCUUAUUACUUGGCGCGGAUAAUGGAGUUUCUCCCAAACAAAAACUCGCCAUCUGGACCGAUUGAGGCGCUCCGGGUGAAUUGGUAUUACAGACCACGUGACAUCCAACGUAACGCAGCGGAUACGAGGCUGGUAUUCGCCUCGAUGCACUCCGACACAUGCCCGCUUUCAUCGUUGCGUGGAAAGUGCCAGAUCAGACAUGCUUCUGAAAUUGAAGAUUUCGAUGGCUACAGGAAGACGCGGGAUUGUUUCUGGUACGAUAAAAUGUUUGACCGGUACAUACACCGGUACUACGAAGUCAUCCCGACAAGCAAAGUCAUCAAUGUCCCUGCAAACGUCAAACGGGUCCUUGAUGAGCGAUGGCGAUAUGUUCUCGUCGAAGUCGGGAAACGGAAAGAGCUGACAAGCGCGGUUAAGACCUCACACCGGGAAAAGCGUCAACUGACCUAUUCUUGA